UACCCGACCAACAUCCUCACAGGCAAACCACCUCACCUUUCCAGGCAGGAUUACCUGACAAAUAUCGUCACGGUCAAAUCACUUCCGCAGUCCGGGGUAAACAUCCUCAAAGUCUAACGACGUCACGUUUCAAGUCCAUUCAUUCGAGGUAUUGAAAGUACUGGAUCAUAUCCCGUCACUGUACAUCGGCGUUAUCUUAUUGCCUGAUCCCAGAGAGCACCUGUUGAAGAACAGACUGAUUUGUUGAGCCUUGAAGAUCAGUAUGGGCAGGACAAAAACAACGGAAAAUCUGCUUCCUGUCUACGACUACGUUAUAGUUGGAGGGGGGACAGCAGGUUGUGUUUUGGCUAGCCGACUAUCCGAGGAUCAAUCACGAACCGUCUUGCUGCUCGAGGCCGGAUAUGACGACACGGAGUUUCCGGAAGUUGCACAACCCGCAAAGCUUGGUAGGCUACAGCACAGCACGUUUGACUGGGCCUACAAAACCGUGCCGCAGAAACACAGCUGCAAAGCCUUAAUUGAUCAGCAAAUGCGAACUCCAAGGGGUAAGGGACUCGGGGGCAGUGGCAGCAUGAACGCGUUGGUGUAUUGUCGUGGCACCCCCGAGGACUUUGACCUGUGGGAGAAGAUGGGGUGUGAGGGGUGGGGAUAUGAAGAUGUCUUACCCUACUUCAUCAAGUCGGAAGAUUGUACCAGCCCAGAACUCCUCAAGGGAGGUGCCCACGGUACAGACGGCCCGAUGGGGAUCACCGAGGCCUGGGUAUCACCCAUAGGAGAAAAUUUCAUCCAGGCAGGAAAAGAGCUGGGGUUCGCCCACUCUGACAACAAUAGCAGCAAUCCUUACGGCGUGAUGCGAACUCAGAUGAACGUCUAUGACGGAUGCAGAAGGUCCACAGCGGAAGCUCUCUUGAGACCUGCCAUGCACCGGGAAAAUUUGCAUAUUGCUACCCACUGUCACGUGACAAAGAUUCUAAUUGAUGAUAAAAUCGCUCGGGCGGUUGAGUUUGUACGCAUGCUGACCGGAAGAGAGGUUGUGAGGGCACGUCGAGAGAUAAUCCUGAGUUCCGGUACGAUCGGGUCUGCUCAGAUACUCAUGCUUUCCGGAAUUGGCCCUAGACAACACCUUGAAGAUCUCGGGAUUGCCGUGGAGGCCGAUUUGCCGGUGGGCAGUUAUCUGCAGGAUCACAUCAUGCUGCAGGGAAUCGAGUUCGAAAUUGACCACCAUGUUUUCCGAGGAGGAGCUGCAGAUUCCCCUGAGAAUCAAGCUCGUUAUGACUCAAUGCGAUCAGGCCCCAUGGCGACCAACUUGAUAGAAGGCAUUGGGUUUUUCAAAACAGGGACACCGUCAGAGAACAACAACAACGCAUCGAUACAGAUGUAUUUCAUGCCGUGUUUGCGGGACCCCAUCUGGGAAAAGAACUCAGGGAUGAAACCAGACGUGUGGGAGGCCACGUAUCCAGGUCGGAAGGGUGCUAUGGUGGGGCCGGGCAUGUCAUUCUGGCCAGUCCUCUGUCAUCCCAAGAGUUUCGGCACUUUGCGUCUGAGAACUGCAAACCCCUUCGACUAUCCUCUCGUCGACCCGAACUAUCUCUCAAAUCCCGAUGACGUAAAGACAAUGGUAGAAGGUAUCAAGCUUUGUCUGAAAUUUGGGAAUACGGAAGCGUUCCGGCCAUUGGGUGCUCGGUUUAACAAGAGAGCCCUGCCUGGCUACCAAGGCACCCCCUAUACGGACGAGUACUGGGCGGAGUACGUCAGACACAUGACGCAGACUGUGUAUCACCUGUGCGGCACGUGCAGAAUGGGAAGAGCAGACGACCCGACCACAGUCACAGAUCCCCAGCUGAGGGUGAAGGGUAUCGGUCGUCUCCGGGUGGUGGACGCGUCCAUUAUGCCGGAAGUGACGGCCGGAAACACGAACGCCCCAACCGUCAUGAUCGCCGAGAAGGCAGCUGACAUGAUCAAAGGCGUCCAAGGGAAGAAACUCUCCCGGCUGUAGUUCGGUGGUGUAGGUUUAGUGGUGCGCUGGGAGGAGUUUGGCUACAGGGUUCAUUGUCCAUCUCAAAGGCCAAGUGCAAGGACCAAAGAACGGAGAUCAAUCACAAUACUGAGCAACAACAACAACAGCACGUUACCUGACUUUUCAUCAGGUUAACACUUGUGCACACUCAUCGUCAUCUAAAAAUAACCCAUUUCUAGAUGACGUCACAUAUAGAAGUCCGUAGAAAUCGUCUGCUUCACACUUCGUUUUGAAUCGUUCGACUUCAAGUUUGAUAACAUAUCAAGAACAACUUUGUUAUUUAUGUAUGCAAGACAAGUGUAAUUCGCUGUGAAUUUUUUUUCUUGUGAUUCAUGAAAAUGUUAGGUCUGAAAAAUGUGGCUAUAUCCACCAAACAUAACGGAACUCAGGUAAUUUUACAAUUUCGACGUGCUAUUUGUCGCUUUAUUCAAGUCUAUAUAUUAGCGGAUUCCGGUCAUGUCAGGUCAUAAAUACAUGAAUUUACAUACAUUCACAUCAGGUUGAAGUUAGAGAUUCAAGUCAUAGAGUGUAGUCAUCCGAAAUGACCACGGCAAGCAAAUAAGAUAGGUAAUAAUGAUAUUUAUGUAUGUGAUUUUGGUGUGAACUUACAUGAAGUAUACAUGUAUAUAAUUCAUUAUGAAACAAGCAUUCCGGAGGUAAUGCUUUUGCAAAACAUGUCCUCUACCGAUUUGAACCGUCAGAAUAACCGCUAUGAUAAAGUCUAUAUAGGACAAAAGCGGCCAUCCCUUUGUCGAAAAUGAACCUUCAAUGCGAGUAGAGACGCGAGCUUAAUCUGUAACUCUUAAUGAUCACGUACAACAUUUUAAUUCAACGUGAUUAAUCUAAAUAUUACGUUGUUUUUUCUUCAAUGAUGCCUGUCAGUCACAUGCAUUUAAGCCUACGUUUGUAUAUGAUCCAUUAAACCAGCGCGAGUUUAUAUAUGAUCCAUUAAAUCAGCAUGAGUUUAUAUAUGAUCCAUUAAUUCAGCAUGAAUUAUUUUCAUGAGUGAUUUAUAUUAUACCUGUGAAAGUUAUACCUGUCAGCCGUUAUGAUUAUAUGCAAUUUACUAAGUAUAAGCAGAUGCAAGAACAUUAGACAAAGAUAAUUUGUGGUGUGGUUUGUUUGUGUCUUUGAUUUCACAAUAAAAAUGUUAUAACUUGU